CCCGGGUCCGCUCAGGGUCUACUAGUCUGGCCCCUCAGGAUCCGCCCUCCAUCCCGAAUGCCCCUCAAGCAACCGUCGAGGAAGUGCUGAUCCGCCGCAGCUAUGGACUCCGCAGGGGCUGAGAAGCGGCCAGGGGCCCAAGAAGGGGCAGCCGUGGGGCAGUCACAGCUUACAGAGAUGCCUGGUGGCCAUGCUCAGAAUUCUGAGUGUCCAGUGAUGGGAGACCAGGGCCUGGUGCCAGCCCAUGAGGCCUGCCAAACCCAGGAUGAAGAUAAAUGUCCAAUAAGAUCCACCUCAGAGCCAAAGAUCCAGGAGAGACUCAAGCUGGAGGAAGACAGGCACAAACCAGAGGUGGAGGCCCUGGAGGAGAGAGGUCCCAGGCCUACAGCCUCCACUGUGAGGCCCAGUCAUGGUCCGAAGAGGAAGCCAGCCUCCUUGUUCCCCAGCCUCACAGGCCCGAGCCACCAAGCCCAUCCUAGGGCAGAGAGUGAGUUGCCACAGGGGCUGUCGCUACAGAGGGAAGAGCCGGAGAAUAAUCAGAAUGAGCCCUCACCAUCUGCCAAACAGCACAAAAAGGCCAAGAAGCGCAAGAGUCUGGGAACCCCAGUGCUCCCAGUGGUGGCCAGCACGGUGUCGGCACCCUCAGUGACCUUGGGGCCUGAGCGAAAGGCCCAGCGUCUGCGGCCCCUGUACCAGUACAUCAACUAUUGCAACCCUGAACUGAACCAGGCAGGGGAGGGGGACAGGGAGGCUGAGGCUGAGGUGGAGCCUGAGUCGGAGCUGACAGUGGUCCCCGAGGAGGCGGGUGUGGAGCAACUGCAGGCAUUGCUGCCAGUGGCAGGUGAGCUGGGCUCCGACCUCACUCUGCCCUGCCCCAGUAUGUUUGUGCCCCCGACCCACACUCUGGUUCCCCUGGGGGAGGAAGCCAGUGAGGAGCCUGGGGGUCUUCCCAGCUUGGGGGUCAGUGGUUGCCUCAAGGCUGAGAUGGACAAGUCAACUCAGGUGGACAUCAACAAGAUGCUAAGUGUCUGCAAUGCCCCGCUUGUCCCCCCACUCUCUCCUCAGUACAAGUGA